UUCAGUUUUUCCAAAAUUCUACAUGGUAUCAGAGCCAAUUUCCCGGGACCUUCUCAAACCCUAGGUUUUUUUCUCACGCACGGUGCCGCCACCGUUGCUUCGCCGGCCGCCACACCACGGUCGCCCCUCUUCGAUCGGCUCACGUCGAUCACCACCGCUGCAGCGCCGGCUCACGUCAGACUCAUAAUCACCGUCUCACGCCGGUACUAUCUUCGUUUCCAUGGCAAGCGAAGGAACAAAGAAGGUCAGGCUCAUCCACGAUCCUACCUCUCAGUACUACAUCCACCCGUCCGAAAGUGCGGGUAAUUCCUUGACGAAGCAUCUUCUCAAAGGUGAUAAUUAUGAUAUUUGGGAGAAAACAAUUAUUAAUGCUCUAGAAGGGCGUAGUAGAGCAGGUUUUCUCAAUCCUUCCGGGUUUCCUAAACCCACUGAUGAACAGGAAUUGACGGCAUGGAAAGCUAAUAAUUCCAUAAUUUGUUCUUGGAUCUGUAACAGUGUUGAUGAACACAUCCAACCUUCCAUUAUCUCCCAUAAAAUUGCUCAUGAAUUAUGGUUAGAUCUGAAGACCAGAUAUGAAGGUUCCAAUGGACCUCGUAUUCACCAAUUGAAAUCUGAGUUUCAAUCUUUGCGUCAAAAGGGACAAACUGUGGUUGUCUACUAUAACCAAUUUGUGACUUUGUGGAACAAGCUAUAUGGAUCUGUUGAUCCAACGUGUGGUUGCCGGUGUGAGGCUGCGGCUUUGAUUCGGGCGCACGAGGAACAGGAAAAGACUCAUCAUUUUUUGCUCGGGCUCGACGACGAACAGUUCGGUCACAUCCGAUCUCAGAUUAUUGCCACCGAACCUGUUCCGGACAUACACCGGGCUUAUGCACUCGUCGUUCAAGAGGAACGGCAUAAGAGCAUUGUCCGUGGCCGAGAUGACCGUACGGACGCUCUCGCCUUUGCCAUGCAGCGUCCCGCUCCUACCUUGGGUCGUGGAGGCCCCCCCUCAUUUUUCGUGCACACAUUGUGGAAAAGACGGCCAUUCCGUGGAUCGGUGCUAUCAAUUGCAUGGGUAUCCGCCCGGGAAGGGUCGUGGAGGUCGCGGCACUGCAUCCGGCCGAGGGACUCGCGGCGGUGGCAGAACGCCGUCCGGCGGCAGUAGCGCCCCUGGCCGUGGGUCUGGCCGAGGGAUAGGAUCGGCGACAGGGGGAGCAAAUGCAGCCACCAAUUCCAACGCCCUAGGCCUCACACCU